AUGCUCGAUUCCCUCCAUAGAUCUUCCAUGGUUUGUACGAAAAGAUUCAAGCUUCUGACAGGAGGUACAUACAGAGUCAACGGCACCGCUGAGAAAGCUACUGCGAAGAACAAGUGCAGCAUCCUGAUUAAUUUUUAUAGAGAGAAAGAAAGAGGGAGAGAGAAACAGCGAUGGUUGAUGAUGGGAAUCUUGAUUUGUUUUUUUUUUUGGGUGAUUUUUGAUACCGAUGGCGAAGAUGAUGAAGUCAUCUACACCACUAUCAAUUUGGGAUUUGCAAGUAAAGAGGCUUUGAUUUCGGAUUCAAACCGGUCGAUUGACACCAGAAGGAAGCACACCCAAAAUGUAACUGUGGUUUAUCAUUUAAGCACACCUAACCCAACCAGACACAGCGUCGUAAGAGGGCAUGGAUGGCGACCGGCCUAACAGACCACACUUGGUGUUUAGGAAGACACGGAAGAAAAGUCUAGAUCAUCGCCACCACCAAUCUCAUCCACCACCGAUAGGUAUGAAGAUGACAGGGGAAGUAGGAGGAUUCGAAGUAAGUGGAAUGACAUCUCUCUUUUGCUUUAAAAAUUUUCACCUUCACACUUCACCGGACCUUCAAGUUGUGGUUGUCUGACAACUUUCUUCACUACUAUUUUUUUUGUUAAAUGUUUUGUAAUUAUUGAUCACGGGAUCACUAUAUCAAUGGAAUCUAAUCGCUAUACCUGUAAUCAAGCAAUCAUGUACAAUCCCCACAUGUUUGCAAAUAUGCCUCAUCGGGAUUUUGUUCAGUGCCCACGUCAUAUUGGAGAAACAAAAAGAGAAUUUAAAAAACAACUAAAGAUGAUCGAUGUUGUCAUUGAAGUAUAAGAUGAUGGAUUCAUGGAUCGGUAGUUGAAAUUUUUUUUGGUAUUGAACACAAGGUUAUGGGUGAUAGAGAAGAACAAGGAGUCGUAAACAUGGAAUUUGAAGGAUUCUAUCCGUCAGGCAGGCAAGCAUGAUAUUUGGGUUCUACAGCUUCAUCUCAACCCCAAUGGUUAUAGUGACAAUUUGGUAAUACUCUUACAAUCUCAACACACAGACGAGCUACAAAAAAAGGAAAGCACAUUGUUGUUAUUUACAUUAUAUUAUGUUAUAUAUUAUCCAAAGGAGUGGUCUAAAAUGCAAAUUCAUGGUUUUACAAAGUUAUAAGCUAAAGUUACCAAAUUGCACAUAGUGAUCAUUACAAACACUUGAUUCUACAGAAUUUGGCUACACCAACAAAAGAGUAUUUUAGACAUUUAAGUUAUCUUUGCAGACCAACACUAUAAAGUGGUCUAUUUAAUCCAUGAGAACACUAAAGAGGAAAUUAAGAAAGUAAAUCUUAAAAUUCAAAGUGAUCUUCCGUUCCAUUCCUAC